UCCUCACAAAAUUCUUGAAAUCCAUCUCUUUUCUUCGUCCACCUCUGUCCAUUUCAUAAUCUAAAAUCUCAAGUGUGUUCCCUUUCUUACUCGACCAAACAAAGAAACCACACACCAUAAACCAAGACAAAACAAGGCAAUGAUGCAAUUUAGAUUGGCAACAGCAUCAUCAAGAUCGUAUUUGGCAGUGUUUACAGCCCAAAAACAGGUUCAGUUCCGAAGAUUUGCCUCUGGAGCAGCUAUUAAAGGAAGAACAGCUGACCCUACUAUUCACUCUGGAGAACUUGAAGCUGGACCUGAUGUUCACAGGGGUGAACCUCAGGGUAUAGAAAAUCAUCCAGAUGACCAUGGAGAGAAAGAACUCAAACCCUGUUCCGAAACGGAUCCGGUAAAACAACCCAAGCUGCCGUAUAAAUCUUCUCCGAGGCUGAAGAUUUCGCCAGUGAAUCAUCCUUUGGAACCCAACGUUCAACAAAGGCGUACGGCUACUAGCGGUGCAGCACUGGACGACGUAAGCUGCGUGGGGAUGGACGGUACGCCUUUGCCGGAGAGCAAAGAGGAGGAAAGGGGAAAGAGAGAGGAAACGAUGGAUGACAAGGAGUAUUUUAAGCAUCACAAGGCUUCCCCGUUGUCGGAGGUAGAGGUGGCGGAUACUCGGAAGCCGAUCACUAGAGCGACUGACGGGACAGCAUCGGAAACGGAACAUAGUAAGGGAGAGAGGAUCGGGUGGAGGGCGGAGCAGCUAGAGACGGCUGAAGAGACGCUGUUGAGGGCUACUAGGAUUUGGAAGGAAAACGCGAUGCGUGGCAUUCCAGAGGCUCCGCAUUCUAGGAGACUCAGAGAACUCCGUGGUGAAUGGUUUUGAUUUGCAAGUGAAGCCCAAGAAAGGGUAAAUAAAUGAAGCUAAUGGCGUUGUUGCCCCCAAAAAACUCUGUAAAAGCUAACGCUGCAAUCGUAAUUUAUGGUUUUCUUUUUUGAAAGAAGGUAAUUUAUGGUGUUUUGAAAGGAGAA